AUGGGCACCAGGAGAGCUGAGAGCUACCUAUCUCGUGGGUUUCACCAGCCCGUCCUCAGGGGCCGCGUCCGGUUGCUUUCCUUCUUGCUGGGACUUCCCCCCAACUGUUUCUUUGUCUCCCCCUGCCCCACCCAAAUCUUUCAGGCCACCCAUCACAAGGCCUCUCUGCCCGAGGGCGUCCGCGUGGGCACUGUCAUGAGAAUUCGAGGUGUUGUCCCUGAGCAGGCCAGCAGGUUCCAUGUAAACCUGCUGUGCAGCGAGGAGCAGGGGGCAGACGCCGCCCUGCACUUUAACCCGAGGCUGGAUACAUCCGAGGUUGUGUUCAACACGAAAGAGCAAGGCAAGUGGGGCUCGGAGGAGCGGGGCGCCGGCAUCCCUUUCCAGCGCGGGCAGCCCUUUGAAGUGCUCCUCAUCGCCACAGACCAAGGUUUCAAGACAGUGGUCGGGGACGACGAGUACCUCCACUUCCGCCACAGGAUGCCGCCGGCGAGCGUGCGCAUGGUGGAGGUGGGCGGAGACGUGCAGCUCCAUUCCGUGAAGAUCUUCUGAGGAGGGUCCGUGGGCGUCAGGG